AUGAGCUGUCUGAGUGGAGCGAAACGACAACGAACGCAAGCACAAGUUGAUGCUGGAUUUGGGCCAGUGAUCCCUGGGUGCCGGAGUGUUCAGCAAUACCGAAAGCUUAACCGAAUCGAUGAGGGCACUUAUGGUGUGGUUUACAGGGCCUGCGAUGUGGAGACCGGAGAAGUUGUCGCCCUCAAGCAGCUGAAGCUGACGGCAGUUAAAUCAGACGACGGCUUCCCAAGCUCUUCUUUGCGCGAAAUCUCCGUCCUGCUGGAGAUUCAGCACCCCAACGUCGUGCGAUGCAGGGAGGUUGUUGUUGGCAACUCACUGCAGCACAUCUUCAUGGUCAUGGAGUAUGUGGAGCACGAGUUGAAAGUUCUCCUUUCGAAGCACAUCUUUGCAAUCGCAGAGAUGAAGUGCCUGCUUAUCCAGCUGCUGCGUGGAGUUGGGCAUCUGCACCAGUGCUGGAUUUUGCACCGCGACCUCAAAACAUCUAACAUUCUCUUAGACAAGAACGGGGUCCUCAAGAUUUGUGACUUCGGCUUGGCACGUCAUUUUGGCCAGCCGCUGCGCCCCUACACCCAGCGUGUCCAAUCACUUUGGUAUCGCGCUCCAGAAAUUCUGCUUGGACAGAGGAUUUAUAGCAGUGCGAUCGACAUCUGGAGCAUUGGCUGUGUCUUUGGGGAGCUGUUGCUGCGUCGACCAUUGUUCGAGGGGAAGGCCGAGCUGCAUCAGCUCGGUUUGAUAUUCGGUUUGGCCGGCCUGCCCAGUGAGGAAUCUUGGCCGGAAUGCCAGGAACUGCCAAACUGGAAGCUGGCAGACAGCUUCAAAGAUCUCCUGCCAGGCUGGGAGGUUCUUGCCGAGCAUGGAAGUCUAUCAGCCUUGGGUUUGGACUUGCUGCAAUCCCUCUUGCAGCUUUGCCCAGACAGGCGCUCUUCUGCUGAAGUUGCCCAGCAGCACGCGUACUUUGUCGAGGUUCCUUUGCCUCAGGAGACAGAAAUGCUGCCAACCUUCAAGGAGUCCAACAGCGAGGGGCGCAGAUCCAAUUCCGGAAGGAUAGUGGAAGCGUUGAAGAUAAGCGAGGAUCCCCAUGUCCCACCAAAUGCAGAGGGCCGGGGCAUGCAGCUGCAAGCAGAGCUGUUCCAUUCCCGGCUCCACGCCUGGAGGCUAGUGUCUGAAGCUGCAAUGACUGCUAGCGACUAUGCCGCAGCGCUAGGGAAGCAACCGAACAAUCUGCGCUGGGCGGAUGAUGUGGCGUGUGUGCAGGGCAAUGGCAUGUGGAAGCCCACGGUGACUGACGAAUCUGGAGAUGUUGAUGUGGUUUGCUUCCUCAACGAAGCAUGUGUGCACAAGGGUGCUUACCAAGUGCCACACUACGUCGUUGAUGGAUACUACCACGAUGACGGACCGCCAGCUCUUGACCAAAUUGUAGAGUCCAGUCGCCUCCUUCAUGAGAAGUUGCAGGCAAAGAAGAAAGUCUUGGUGGUGUGUCCCGCUGGCGAGAAGUUUGCCUCGCACAGGGCCUUUUCGGCACUCUGCACCGCUGCGUAUCCUUUGCUGAUGAAAGGAUGCACCCUGGAUGCUGCUGUGUCUGUUUGGACUGGGCAUGAAGUCGGAUUCCGGCAGCAUUCCUGGGCUCCGCUGCACAAGCCAGCACCUCCCAGACACCUGUCUUUGGAAAAGUGUUUGGAGGCCUUGGACUUGGCAAUCAGGCAGAAAUGGUUGGAGGUGGAGCAUUUCAACGUCCGAGCAUUCAGGGAUUUGUGUGCUGAGUGGGAUGCCGCUUGGGUCAUUCCCGGCCAAAUUCUCCUUUUUGCUGAUCCUGUCACGACAGCAUUGGACCCGGAUCCAGCCACAGCCAGUCAUCUUGUCCCUCCAGAUUCGCCGAACUUUUUCUCUUGGUUCGAGUCCAACAACGUCACCACGUUGGUGCGACUGAACAAGGACAGAGAAUCAGGUCUCAACAAGAGCUAUGACCCAAACCUCUUCAUGGAUCUCGGGAUGACCCAUGUCCAAGCAGCUUACGACGAUACGCAGGGAGGUGUACCUCCCAAGGACGUGCUGAAGAAAGUCAUAGAUGGUUGUGCUGGCAUCCGAGAGAAGGAGGCCAUAGCUUUUCACUGCAAGGCGGGCUUUGGGCGCUCUGGCGUUUGUGCUGCCGUCCUGGCCAUCCAGAGAUUUGAUGUCCCCGGCGAGAUUCUCUUGCCAUGGUUACGAAUGUGCCGGCCCGGGACCAUCACGACAAUGCAACAGGCCAAAUUCUUGCAAGGGCUUCGUGGCCGCGCUGAUGUGAGCAAAGUCAUGUCGCAGGCAGAUGAGUGUUGCACGAUGCAGUGA